AUGCGCGACCUCAAGCAGCGCCUCUUCGACCUGCUGCGCUCCGGCGGCAACAACAACAGCGGCAGCAAUCACAACAACCACAGUGGCAGCAACGGCAGCAGCAGCAACAGCAACACGAACCACAGCAACAACUCGCAUCACCUCAAGUCGAACAACAAUCAGCAAACACACGCGCCACCCGCCCAAAAGCCGAAGAAACUGCACGAGUACACGGCCGCCGAUUGCAAUGCGGCAUUCCUGCGCAAGUACCACGACCUCAGCAUCAGCAGGGAUCGCGAACUGGACAGGGAUCGGGAGCGGGAUCGGGAUCGCGAUCGGGAGAGGGAGCGGGAAAGAGCUGGUCCCGGCCAGGUGCCGUCGCACAAUGUGAUCUACUUCAAUGAGAACCUGUCGAUGGCCAGCAAGUACAAUGUGCGACCCUUUCCGCUCGCCCGCUACCCGUCGUGUCCGCUGAGCAGCUUCGGCAUCUCGCCGGGAUCCGGACGCCAGGAGGGCAGUGCCGGCAGCAGUUUGGGCGAGGAGGAGGACACGGAGAGCGAACCGUAUCACUUUUGCUCCGACGAGGAUCAGAGCAGUCACACGCAAACCAUCAAAUUGCGUCACCACCAUCAUGGCCAUGAUCAUCAUGGCCUCGAACUAAUGGAGCCGUCGUCCGUUAACGAGGACGCCGACCUGGAGGACGACCAGGCCGAGUCGCAGCUGGACUCGUUCUGCACGCUCUGCACCUCGACCUUCAGCUACAACAAGUGCUGUCGCUUCUGCGAGAACUCGCUCUGCGGCUCCAAGUGCAACUCGGAGCGCGGUUCGCACGCCAGCCGGAUGAGUCGCAUCAGCCAGAUUAGCCAGAUCAGCAGGCACCUGGCCGGCGGCUAUCCACUCGAUCCGGACCUCGAUCCGCACCAGAAUCAGCCGCAGGCGCACCGCUUCGGGGGCAGCAUGCGCAUGCUGGCCAACCAUCAGUCGGCGGCCAUCAGAACCAUAAACGAUUAUGCGCUUAACUCGAAUCUCCACCUAAACCACAACAACAAACUGAACAAUCUGCACAGCAACAAGCUCCUGCACAGCAACCAAAGCCACAGCAGCAGCCUCAAUCCGAGCACAAGGAUGCACUCGCACCAGCUGGACUCCUACCUGGGCGGAGUGGGCGGCAUGAUGAAUCUGGGCGGCAUGGCCCCAGUGGGCCAGUUGCACCAUCCGGGGAGCGUUUCCGGCAGCGAAAGACCCAACGGAGGAGCUCUGGCCCUGCACUAUGCCGCCGCGCGUGGCUGCCUCGACUGCGUCCAACUGCUGGUCGCCGCAUCCGUGGAUAUUUGCGCCAAUACGCAAAUGGACAACGAUGUCACGCCCGUUUACCUGGCGGCGCAGGAGGGCCACUUGGAGGUGCUCAAGUUUCUGGUGCUCGAGGCCGGCGGCUCUUUGUACGUCCGUGCACGCGACGGCAUGGCACCGAUCCAUGCCGCUUCACAAAUGGGCUGCUUGGAUUGCCUCAAAUGGAUGGUACAAGAUCAAGGUGUGGAUCCCAAUCUGCGGGAUGGCGAUGGGGCCACGCCCCUGCACUUUGCCGCCUCCCGGGGUCAUCUAUCCGUGGUCCGUUGGCUGCUCAAUCACGGAGCCAAGUUGUCCCUCGACAAAUAUGGCAAGUCGCCCAUCAACGAUGCGGCAGAGAAUCAGCAAGUUGAGUGCCUCAACGUCUUGGUGCAGCACGGCACUUCGGUGGACUACAAUGGCAAAAGUAGCUCACAGCGCCACAAGUCGCAGCAGCAUCUGCACCACCAGCAGCAACAGCAGCAGCAACAGCAGCAGCAGCAGCAACACCUGAGCAGCAGCUGCAACUCGAACUCGAAUUCCUCGAAGCAGACGAGUCGCAGCAAUACGAUCAAGUCCAAGUCCUCCUCGACUCUCAGCUCCGACGUGGAGCCCUUCUACCUGCAUCCACCGGCCAUAGCCGGCGGAGGAGCAGGCGGAUCGGGAAUGGGCUUGGGCAUGGGCAUGGGCAUGAACAUGGGCAUGGGAAUGGGCCUGGGCAUCACGAGGAAGAACAGCGACGCCUUGUACUCGCAACAAUCGAGGAGCUCCUCCGAGAAGCUGUACAAUGGCUCGUCCUCCUUGGGUGGCAAUCCGGGUGGCAACAGUUCUUCGGCAGGCGGCGGCGUUGGAGGAGGCGGUGGAGGUGGAGGUGGAGGCGGUGGCGCCCUGCUGCCCAACGAUGGUUUGUAUGUGAACCCGAUGCGGAAUGGGGGCAUGUACAAUACGCCCUCGCCGAAUGGCAGCAUCUCGGGGGAGUCGUUCUUUCUGCACGAUCCGCAGGACAUUAUCUACAAUCGGGUGCGGGAUCUGUUCGUCGACUCCGAUUGCAGCAGCAGUGUGAAGCAGCAUGGCAAGAGCCACGCCCACCCACUGCUGCAGUCGAAGGCGGGCAAUGCAAUGACCAUCCAGGCGGACGUCCAUUCCAGCUCCAGCGGCGCGGGCAGCGGCUCCGACGAGUCCGUCUCCAUCUCGUCCAGCUUCAACUCGCCCAAGCAGCCGCAGCAGCUGCGCAGCCAGAGCUUCAAUCGCCACGGCAGCAGCAGCAACAUCAGCAACAUCAGCGCCAGCGGCAACAUCAAGAGCAGCAACUACAAGCCGCACAAGGGUAUGCCCAACACGCAGAAUGGCGGCGGGGAUCACGACUACGAGGACAUCUAUCUGGUGCGCGAGGAGUCGCGAAAGCAUCACCAGCAGCAGCAGCAGCAGCAGCAUCACCAGCAGCAACACCAGUUGCAGCAGCAACAACAGCUGCAGCACCAAGCCGUCCAGCAGCAGCAGCAGCAGCAGCAGCAACAGCAACAGCAGCUGCAACACAAAUACAACGUGGGACGCUCCCGGUCGCGGGACAGUGGCUCCCAUUCGCGAUCGGCCAGCGCCAGCUCCACCAGGAGCACGGACAUUGUGCUGCAGUACAGCAAUCACCACUUGAACAACAAGCGCAACAUGAACAACGGCGGCAACAUGAACAACAGCAGCAGCAACAUCGCGCUGAGCAGCAGCAACAACCACAAUAACAACAGCAACAACAACAACAGCCUGCUGAAUCGCAAUAAAUCGCACUCGAUCAUUGGACUGCACAGCAGCAAGUACGAGUCCUCGCUGAAGGACAACUACAGCGCCAAGAACGUGAAUCUGAAUCUGAAGAACCAGCUCCUCAACGGCGGCAUCAAGAGCGACACCUACGAGAGUGUCUGUCCGCCGGAGGACGUGGCCGAGCGGACCAAGCAGACGCACAAGAACUCCAUGAUCCGCAACAAUCUGGCUGACAUCCCGAGCAACAACAGCAACAACAACAACAACAACAUCAGCGGCAGCAACAACAACAUCAGCGGCAUGGGCAACAUGAGCGGCGGCAAUCAGAGCAGCAGGAAUCUGAAGCGGGUCUCCUCGGCGCCACCCAUGCAGAAUCUGGCCGUGGUUAAUGGACCACCGCCACCACCACUGCCACCGCCAUUGAGGGCACCAGUGCAGCAGCAACGCGGCAACUUGAGUGCCGAGCAACCGAACAGCCUGAGUGGCUGCAAUGGCAUCUACAUGAAGAAUGCCACCAAUGCCAAUGGCAAUGGAGCUCCUCCGCCAGUUCCAGCGCCCAAUCCCGUGGCCACCGAGGCGGUCGACUCGGAUUCGGGACUCGAAGUGGUCGAGGAGCCGAGCUUGAGGCCAUCGGAACUGGUGCGCGGCAACCACAAUCGCACCAUGUCCACCAUAUCGGCGAACAAGAAAGCCAAGCUGCUCAAUGCCAGCAGCACCAAUGGUAGCUCCAUUGCCGCCACUUCCGAGGACUCCCACUCCCACUCCCGAUCCGGAGGAGCUGCCCAUGCUGCCAAUGCUGCGGCGGCCAAUGCCCAUUACUAUGGCUACUCGGAGGGCGUCAAAAGCCAGAGGAGCAAUGGCAAUCCCAAUGGAGGUGGUGUCAACUAUCCCAGUCAUCCCAGUCAUCCCAAUCAGCCGCACUACGCGACUGGGCAGCCGCAUCAGUACACGCCCAGCCUGUACGGAGGUGGCUCCUCCGCCGAGGAUCACUACGAGCUCACCCAGCAGCAGCAGCUGCAGCAGCAGCAGAUCUAUGGGGAGGCCCACAUGGCUGGGGGACAGCGGACGGGCGGACCCAAUCUGGUCAACAAGCAGCUGGUGCUGCCUUUUGUGCCGCCCAGUUUUCCCAAUAAAUCACAAGACGGCGUCACGCAUCUCAUCAAGCCGUCCGAGUAUCUCAAGAGCAUCAGCAUCGACAAGCGUUCGUGUCCAUCCUCCGCCCGCUCCACGGACACGGAGGACUACAUGCAGAUACAGAUCGCCCAGCAGCAGCAGGUGCACCACUCGCAGCUCCACUCGCAGCAUCCGCAGUCGCAUCCGCACCAGCACCAGCACCAGCACCACCCCCAUCCGCAUCCACAUCCGCACCAUCCCCACCAGCUGCAUGGAAUGGGCGAGCAGCCACCGUUGCCGCCACCACCGCCGCCGCUGCCACACGGCAUGUUGCCCCCACAACCGCCGAUGGGUCCGCCGAUGGGCGUGGCAGGCGGCCAGGAUGCCACCAUGUCUGGCAAGGCGCACAAGCCGAAGAAGCCGCACGGAUCGGCACCCAAUAGCCAGGACACGGCCACCAGGAAGCAGCACCAGCCACUCUCGGCCAUCUCCAUUCAGGAUCUGAACAGUGUCCAGCUGCGCCGCACGGACACACAGAAGGUGCCGAAGCCCUACCAGAUGCCAGCGCGCAGCCUGAGCAUGCAGUGCCUGACCUCCAGCACGGAAACGUAUCUCAAGUCCGACCUGAUUGCCGAGCUGAAGAUCUCCAAGGACAUACCGGGCAUCAAGAAGAUGAAGGUGGAGCAGCAGAUGGCCAGCCGCAUGGACUCGGAACACUACAUGGAGAUCACCAAGCAGUUCUCGGGCAACAACUACGUGGACCAGAUCUACUUGCAGAUACCGGAACGGGACCAGGCCGGCAACGCCAUACCGGACUGGAAGCGCCAGAUGAUGGCCAAGAAGGCGGCCGAGCGGGCCAAGAAGGACUUUGAGGAGCGCAUGGCCCAGGAGGCGGAGUCACGCCGCCUCUCCCAGAUUCCCCAGUGGAAGCGGGAUCUGUUGGCGCGACGCGAGGAGACGGAGAACAAGCUGAAGGCGGCCAUCUACACGCCCAAGGUGGAGGAGAACAACCGGGUGGCGGACACCUGGCGGCUGAAGAACCGCGCCAUGUCCAUCGACAACAUCAACAUCAAUCUGGCCGGCAUGGAGCAGCACUACCAGCAGAUCCAGUUCCAGCAGCAACACCAACAGCAGCUCCAGCAGCAGCAGCUGCAGCAUCACCUCCAGUUGGGCAACAAGGAGAACCAUGGCGAUCCCAAGGCUGCUGAGCAGGAUCAGGAGCACGGCACUGGCGGUGUCGGUGUUGGUGGCGUCGUGGGUAACGCUAACGGAGGCCAGGAGCUCAUGGAACCGUCGGAGGGCAGCCAGGGACACGCCGAGGAGGAGGAGGACAACAUCAUUCCAUGGCGCGCCCAGCUGCGCAAGACCAACAGCCGCCUCAGCCUGAUCUGAAGCAUCCACACAUCCACAUAUCCACACAUCCAGACUUACCCUAAGAAAAGAAAAUGAAAUCCAUUCUAUCAAUCGACUCUUAAGCGGUGCAUUUUUUUUUUGUUUUUUUUUUGUCGAUUAACUUAAAGCUUAAUGUGCAAUUAUAAUGAUCAAGAGAAACCCUAAAUAUAAAACGCAUAAAACCUACGCCUAAGCUCUAGCUACUUACAUUGUACUAUAUGCAUUAUCAUAACCCGUACUUUUACACCUAAUUGUAUUCCAUGUUUUUUUUUUGUCGGCAAAACGAAGAAAGUUUUUAUUCCUAGUGGGCAGUGCAGUAUCGCAAGGCGAAUCAAACGUAUACAUAUAUACCUAAUCUUAGCUGCUGUCCUUGAGUUCUAUUUCGGUGUUGUAUUUUUUAUCAUUUCUACUCUCUAUUAUUUGACUUAUGUUAUUUUUUUUGUGUUCUUGUGACU